UUAGACUUCACGGUCCCCUCUUUGGGUUGGCAUCCAGUCUCCAUUGACCGAUCAUGUUAUCAUCUCCGUCUCUGUGAGUUCCCCCACAACCAUAGCAUCAAUUCGCUAUGUUCCCUUCUCUCUCCUCCUGUUCCUCUCCCUUCCUGCGAUGCCUUCUACUCUUCUUCCUCCUCCUCAACCAUUCCUCUCCAGCCACCGCCGGUCUCCUCGGCCAAAUAUGCGGCAAGACCGGCAAGUACACCACCAACAGCACCUACGCUUCCAACCUCAACCUCCUCCUCACCUCCCUCGACUCCAACACUUCCCUCUUCGGUGGCUUCUCCAAAGCCACCAUCGGUCAGAUCCCCAACCGAAUCUACGGUCUCGCCCUCUGCCGGGGCGACACGGACGCCUCCGUCUGCCGCUCCUGUCUCGACACCGCCAUCCAGGACGCCCCUAAUCUCUGCCCCUACGCCAAAGGCACCAUCAUCUGGUACGACCACUGCCUCCUCCACUACUCCAACCAGCUCUUCCUCUCGACCAUUGACACCUCGAACGAGAUCUUCAUGUAUAACAUCUACAAGAUAACCGAUCCCAGCCGGUUCGACAAGCUUCUCGACGUGCUCAUGGGCAGGAUAGCCGACUGGGCUGCCUAUAAUUCGACCAAGAUGUUCGCGACCGGGGAGAUGAUGAACUCCACCAACCCUCCUUUUCCGACGAUAUAUGGGCUGGCGCAGUGCACUCGGGACCUGUCAAGGAGCCAGUGCCGGCAGUGCCUCAGCGGCAUCCUGGACCCGAGACCCUCCAUUUUUGAGGGGAAGAGGGGAGCGAGGGUGCUUGGAGGGAGCUGCAAUUAUCGGUAUGAGAUAUACCCCUUCUAUUUAGGGGCAUCGACGCUAAGGCUUCAGUCCCCGCUAGAGACCGCACCGCCACCGGUAACCAUGGCGCCUCCCCUUAUUACUCCAGCCGGAAAGGAAGGAAAGGAGACAAAUGUCACAGAUAUGGUCCUUGCUAUUGCUAUACCUCUAGUAGCUGCAUUCCUGCUGAUCUCCACAAUUUGCAUUUGCUUCUGGAGGAGGAAGCCAGUUGUAAAAUUACCUUUAGAUGGGACUAGCCUAGAGGAGCUUGCAAGUGCCAAGUCUUUAUUACUUGAUUCAUCUACACUACGAGUUGCGGCAGCUAACUUCCCCGAAGAGAACAAACUUGGAGAAGGUGGCUUUGGUGUCUAAAAGGGGCAGUGACUGGUGGUUUGAUAGGCCUAGCAAUGGAGGGCGGUGUAUUCUGGGGGAUUGGAGUUCGAGCUAUUUCUGGAGCUCUUUUCUCAAUGGAGAUUAUUAAAAAAUCUGUCACUCUGUGGCAUUCCAAUGAAUCAAGAAUCUUAAGUGUUUUGUAUAUGAUAAGUGGAAAACAUUGGAAACAAACUCUGGAAUUGAGAGAUAAUAUCUCAAACAACUUCACAUAUGCUUGUAACUAGUAAUCCUCUUGAAGUGGAAGCUACUUGUUUAUAGACUUGAAAGAUCCUUUAGCUUCCUUAAAGCCAAUGUUAUACUUUUCUUGCGUUGUUUUAUAUUUUAAUCCUCAUAUUUUUUGAAC